GACUCUCUGGAAACACACGAUGGAGACGGUUCUUCAUCCUGCCUCCUCUGACCCGAUGUUUGGAUCUGAACCCGAGUGAAGUCCUCCGUCCAUCUGAAGGUCCAGAAGAUGGAAGAUCUGGAUCUAAAAGAACCUCCAGGAUCCAUCAGUCCAUCUAUGAGGAGGACUGGUCCAAACCAGAACCUCUAGACUUCAGUAAUGAACCUGGACCCUCAGACAGAAAGAGCAGCUUUAGUGAGGAGGAGUUGUGCUGUGCUUUGGGUCAGAAUGUUCUGAUGGAUCCAGGCUGGACCAGCUGCCCCCAGUGUGUGAAACGACCCAGAACAGGAUCUAGACCGACAGCCAAUCAGAGCAGCCGUGCUCCAGCAGAUGUUGGUCUGCAGGAGGUUCUAGAGGAACAUAAGAUCAGUCUGAGGAGAAGAUGUGAAUGUGUGACUGAAGGAAGUGAUGAAACAGGAAGUAGAACCCUCCUCAAUAGGAUCUACACUGAUCUCUACAUCACAGAGGGACAGAGUGACGAGGUUAACACCCAGCAUGAGGUGAAGCAGCUGGAGAGAGCUUCCAAGUUCCAGAACCUCCAUGUUUCUGCAAUCAGGGUCCACAACCUUUUUAAAGCCUUCCCUGAUCAACAUGGACCCAUCAGAGUGGUUCUGACCAACGGCGUUGCUGGUGUUGGAAAAACCUUCUCAGUGCAGAAGUUCACUCUGGACUGGGCUGAGGGCUUGGAGAACCAAGAUGUCAGUGUGGUGGUUCUGCUUUCGUUCAGGGAGCUGAACUUGAUCAGAGAUCAGCAGCACAGUCUUCUCUCUCUGCUCCAUGUUUUCCAUCCAACACUCCAGAAGCUCCCAGCAGAGCAACUGGCUAAAUGCAAACUCCUCUUCAUCCUUGACGGUCUGGAUGAAAACAGACUUUCAUUGGACUUCAACAAGAGUCAUCUGGUUUCUGACGUCACACAGAAAUCAUCGGUUAAUGUUCUGCUGACAAACCUCAUCAAGGGGAACCUGCUUCCCUCGGCUCUCAUCUGGAUAACUUCCAGACCUGCAGCGGCCAAUCAGAUCCCUCCUUCAUGUGUUACCAGGGCAACAGAAGUACGAGGCUUCACCGAUGCCCAGGAGGAGUACUUCAGGAGGAGGUUCAGUGAUGAAGAGCUGUCCAGCAGAAUCAUCUCCCACAUCAAGACCUGCAGGAGCCUCCACAUCAUGUGUGGAAUCCCAGUCUUCUGCUGGAUCACUGCUACAGUUCUGGAGAACAUGGUGACCUCAGAGCAGAGAGGAGAGCUGCCCAAGACCAUGACUGACAUGUACUCUCACUUCCUGCUGGUCCAGACAAAGAGGAAGAAGAACAAGUACCAUGGAGGACAUGAGACAAGUCCACAGGAGCUGAUGGAGGCUGACAGGGAAGUUCUUCUGAAGCUGGGGAGGCUGGCGUUUGAACAUCUGGAGAAAGGAAACAUCAUGUUCUACCAAGAAGACCUGGAGCAGUGUGGUCUGGAUGUCACAGAGGCCUCAGUGUACUCAGGAGUUUGUACAGAGAUCUUCAAAAGAGAGAGUGUGAUCUUCCAGAAAUCAGUCUACUGCUUUGUUCAUCUGAGCAUCCAGGAGUUUCUGGCUGCAGUCUACAUGCUCCACUGCUUCACCAGCAGGAAGUCAGAGGAGAUCAAGACGUUCCUGGGAGACGAAUACAGAGAAACAUCUCUAGAUGAGUUCAUGAAGAAAGUCAUGGAGAAAUCCCUCCGCAGUCAAAAUGGCCACCUGGACCUGUUUGUCCGCUUCCUUCAUGGUCUCACUGUGGAGUCCAACCAGAGAGUCUUAGAAGAUCUGCUGGGUCAGACAGAGACCAGUCCAGAAACCAUCCAGAGAAUCAUCACCAACCUGAAGAAGAUGAACACUGAUAGAAUCUCUCCUGACAGAAGCAUCAACAUCUUCUGCUGUCUGGUGGAGAUGAACGACGUCUCAUUUUAUCAGGAGAUCCAACGGCUGCUGGAUUCAGGGAAGGAGCUCUCAGAGACUAACUGUUCAGCUCUGGCCUUCAUGCUGCAGAUGUCAGAGGUUCUGGAUGAGUUGGACCUGGAGAAGUACAACACAUCAGAUGAUAGACGACGGAGACUGGUUCCAGCUGUGAGGAACUGCAGA